AUGCCCGCGCUCGAGCAGUUCCGGCGCGACGUGAUGCUGCAGAACGGGCCUGUGGUUAUUACGGGUGCCAUGGAGUUUUGGCCGGCGCUAGGACGUGCCGUGGGCCCCGACCGAGCCUGGAAGAACUUGCGCUACCUUCGUCGAGUCGCCGGGAGGCGAACGGUUCCUGUCGAGAUUGGCUCGAGCUAUCUAGGGGACGAUUGGGGGCAGGAGCUCAUGACCUUGAACGAGUUCCUGGAUCGGCAUAUUAUUGCUCCGUCGGACAAGGAUGCUGAUGGAAAACCUGCGGCCUCGAGGAAGUUGGGAUACCUGGCCCAACACCGCCUGUUUGAUCAGAUCCCAGCCUUGGGGCGCGACAUCGUUACCCCCGACUACUGCACCGUGAAGCGUGUUGAAGGCACUGAAGAUGAUGGGGAGGAGGAGGAUAUUACGAUCAACAGUUGGUUCGGUCCCGGUGGCACCGUGUCGCCCCUGCAUUUCGACCCCAAGGACAACGUGCUAUGUCAAGUUGUCGGUGCCAAGUACCUCCGUCUGUACGCACCGGAGGAGAGCGACAAGCUCUACCCUAUCGAAGGCUUGUUGUCGAACACGAGCCAAGUGCAGGUCGAGGAUCCGGACCACGAGCAGUUCCCCGAGUUCCGUCGCGCCAAAUACGUUGAGUGCGUCCUGCGCGAGGGCGAGAUGCUCUACAUCCCUCCCAAGUACUGGCACUACGUCAGAUCGCUCUCCACCAGUUUCUCCGUGAGCUUCUGGUGGUCGUAG